AUGAACCCCAAGAUUUCCGACUUCGGCCUCGCGAGGCUCUUCAGGGGAGACCAGACGCAGGGCAUCACCAGCCGUGUCGUCGGAACAUAUGGUUACAUGGCACCGGAGUACGUGUUGCGCGGGAACUACUCGGUCAAGUCGGACGUGUUCAGCUUCGGCGUCAUGGUUGUGGAGAUCGUGACGGGAAAGAAGAAGAACGACUGCUACACCUCCCGGCUAUCGGAAGAUCUGCUGACGCUUGUGAGUGAUGUUCGUGAACAUAUUCUGGAUAGUUGUCUCAAGAUCGUUGCAGCACAACUCUUGACUGAUCGCCACGAGCUCAAUGAUUCAGGUGUGGGAGCAGUGGACGGCCGGGUUAGUCCUUGGAUGACUUGGAAAAAUAAAAUACUGGAAUCGUGUCAAGUUAGGAUUAAGUAA